AUGUCUCAUGCAACCAAAAAUGACUCUGAUCCAAAGAGUUCGGCACACAUUUCGAGCUCUGAAGGUGCCUCGUCGAGUUUUGCACACGUUGCAAAUACCAAAGCUGCUUGUGUGCCCUGGUCAAAACUGCCCGUCGAUUGCCGUAAGGACAUUGUGACGAUCAGAUUCGAAAAGUCAAAACAAGGGUUUCACAUUCACAAAGGUGUCUUGAGCUUCUGGUCCGACUACUAUCGUGGCAUGUUGAACGGCUCGUUCAGAGAAGCAAAGGAAAAAACGCUCACCUCUGACGAAGACCCAUACAUUUUCACCAUAUUCGAAUCGUUCUGCUAUACCAACCAACUCACUGAUGGAGCUGUGACCAAAGGCACCGAUCUCCUAUUCACCACUUUGGUACGUCUCUGGAUCUUCGGCGAUAGAGUCAUCGCUCCAGCUCUCCAGAACAUGGCCAUGACUGCUUUGAUGGAAAAGAGUGUUACAGGCAACGUGGUCCCGAUCGAGAGGGUCAUGUAUGUUUAUGAAAACACGAUGCCCAGAUCACCUCUGAGACGAUGGUUCAUCGACAGGAUCGCACACACGACUUGCGUCCAGUCAUGGCUUUCGGAACAUGAACCGUGGUGGAAUGAAGAAAUUCUCAAGGACCUUCUUGUCGUCUCAUCUGGACUCAACGACUUGGAUCGCGAGCAAAACAAGCUGCCUGCAUACCGCAUGGGGUGCUAUUAUCACGUUCAUAAUGAGGGUAAAAGUUGUGAUCAAGGGCAACUGUCAGAGACUUGCGUUUUGAGAGCUUGGAUAGAGUCAUGA